AUGUCCCCAACUGUCUUCUACAAAUCUCCAACAGUCACUAACAUUUUUCCAACUGUCUUCUACAUGUCGACAACAGUCACUAACAAGUCUCCAACUGUCUUCUACAAGUCGACAACAGUCCCAAAAAGACAAACUCUCUACUACGAGUCGAUAACUGUCGCCAGCAAGUCCCCAAAUGUCUUCUACACACCUCCAACAGUCACUAACAAGUCUCCAACUGUCUUCUACAAGUCAAUAACUGUCUUCAACAAGUCCCCAACUGUCUUCUACAAGUCGACAACAGUCCCAAAAAGUCGGAAACUGUCUUCUACAAGUCGAUAA